GUGUACAUGUCAAUAGAGAGAGCCAUCAAAGUACAGGAAUAUGGCGGAGUCACAGAAGAGUUCAAUGAUUUACUCCAAAAAAUUAAGACGAUGAUAUUGAAGGCAAUAAAUGUCAGACUAUACAACCACUGGCUGUGGUUGUAUGUAGCAAUGCAUCAUAUAUAUAGAUUAACAUAUUUCAUCAACCAAGAGACACAAUCAUCUCACCAAGAAACUUUUGAACGAAUGGAAGCAAUCGAACGACGCAUGGAAACAAUUGAAAAACAAGAGCAAGACGUCAGAGAGAACAUGAAGGCGAGACUAGAGGAUCAGACCACAGUUCUCCACCACAAAUUGGAGGCGUACAUCAAUUCGACUGAUUUCAAAAGAAAUUUCUGCACGUGGACUAACAGUCCACUUCCACAAAAUGGAAAAACGUGGGAGAUAACAAAAGGCAACGUGAACAAAGCAAUUGAUUCCAGAUUCAAAGAAUUGCUUAUUCAGUGGGAAAAUGAAAAUCAAGUGUACUUUGAAAUUCACAAGCAGCUUCUUUACGAAUUUCGUACAAGGUUGAAUCUUUUGGAAGAGGAACUUCAAGGUGUUGACAAAGCGAUGCAUAGUAUGGAAAGACAAGCUGAUUAUGCAAAGAAUAGAAGAAAAUUUUCGACAAAAACCAAAGUUAUCUUCGGUGCAACGAGCCCUCUUUGGAUUCCGUUUGGUGUGGCGGGUUUGGUGAUUGGUAUGCCCGUUUUAGGAGCAAUGGCAGUAAAACGUAAAGUUGAUGAUAACAAGAAGUUGGAUAAUUACAAAAAAAAUCCCAGUGACUACGUGGAAAAAAGAUCACGAAAAUACCUUGAGCGACUCUCAAAGGAACACGUGUUAGCAUAUGCCCAACGACAGAUGGAGAACACCAAAAAGGUGUUGUCAAAAUAUGGAGAUCAAAUUCCCAUCCUGAUAGAGGCAGGUCGAAAACUGGUGAAGCAUUUAUCUAAUGAGACUCGAACACAGGAUGAAGUAUUGAGACUUUAUGCCCCAAUUGAGAAGAAAAUUGUUGAGAUGAUAAACAAGAUCACACCCUUGGGAAUUGAGCUAUGUCCUGAAACAGUGAAUACAAAUGAUCUUGAAUGGAAGGAAGAGAAGGAAUCAUGUUUCGGAGAAGGAGAGUUUUCCAAAGUUUACAAAGGGAAGUUGAAGAAUGCUGGUGGAGCCAAAUUACAGAAUUCAGAAAUAAACGUGGCAGUUAAAGUGUUCAAGCAACCAUUUGAUGAUCUAAAUACUAGAUUCUUUCUGGAUGAAGAAGUGAAAAUCAGGGAUCUGGAACAUAAAAACGUUCUCAAGUAUUUCGGAGCAGCCAGAGUUAGUACUCCUCAUGAAAGUAACAAGUACAAAUUUAUAUUCGUGAUGAAAGCUUGCCAACAAAACCUGCGAAAUGUCAUUUUCGGAAAUGCGACUUUUGCACCUGCGCAGUCUGAAAACUCCAAACAAGCAAUUGACAAGUUCAAGAAAUGGGCGAUGGAGAUAGCGGAUGGUUUAAACUAUAUUCACGAACGAGGACUUACACACCGUCAUCUGAAGCUGGAAAAUAUUUUGGAAGAUGAGGACGGGACGGUGAUGAUAUCUGAUAUUGGAAUUGUGGGUCAACAUCUGGAAACAGAGAGAAGCAUAACUUAUCUUGCACCUGAGGUAUUUGAAGAUCAGAUGAAUUGUACAAAAGAAGCAGAUAUUUACAGCUACGGCAUCAUGUUGUGGGAAAUGUGGUAUGGAAAACAGGCGUUUACAGAACUAAUGCCCAUUGAAAUAGUUGAAUUCCGAAAAGAGCUAGCUGAUGGGCAUCGCCCAAAGACAGGCUUCACGACGAUCAGCAUUCCAGCAAUACAUGCUGUCAUGGUGAAGUGCUGGGCGACUAAAGUUGAAGAACGGUAUUCCGCAAAAGAAUGCUGCAGGGUAUUUCAGGAUAUCAUAGAAGGCUGAGUCAGCAAGAAAACAAUUCGCACGACUAACUAUAAUUUUAACUUUCCAAAUGGGGAUAACACAUAAUGCAUUCAACUGAGCGACUUUUAAACUGCAAAUACUGGGAAAACAAUAAAAAUAUAGAAAUAAAGUAAGCUAUAAUAUAGUCUAGGUGGCUAAUAGCAAAAUAUUUUAAAAACCGUGACGUACGUAGCACUAUCCAGCUUUCGUAGAACAUUUACAUUAAUCAGGCGUAGUUUGAAGUAUUUAGUAAUCUAGCAGCCCUGCAUGGUAUAGUGGUAUAUUUCUAGAAUUUUUGCACGCGGACAUUGGAUAUCUUCUUAAAGUCUGCACUAUAAGCUUACUUAAUCGGGCAUAUAUAGUUGUCAUUAUAAAAGUCAUACAAUUCAACAUAUAAUAACGAAGAAACAGAUAGACAUUAACAACUAGAGCGGGCGGGUAAAUUAGAAGAAAAAGUAAUAUAAUUGCUAUCCCCGUGUCCCAAACCAUAGAUAUUUGAACGAGAUGCAUGGAUCGGCAUCUAUAGUAUUUUGUAUACUUCAGUAAUCUUAAAUCCAGAAACAAAUACAUUGCAUGCACAACUUACUGAGAUAGUUAUAUAUGCGCAAGAUUUCUGUAUAUGAGCAUAUAAUUUCCAUAACAGGUCGUGCAAUAUUUGUUGCCGGAUCUGUUCAAUGCCUCUCUCUUCUGCUCAACGACACCGCGGAAAUGGGUUUGCAUAAUUGCAUUCAUAUUUGCAUUCUUAAUUUCUUACAGGCUUCAAAUCAGGUGAGCAAAAAGUGUUAUAAAUGCUCAACAAAAUAUAACUUGCACAGGAGAUUUGAAGCUUGCACACGGCAAAAACAAAUCGUCUGAAUUAAUAACCUUGUGCAUGUAUAAUACGCUGUUUCAAAGCUGUCAGAUCUUUUUCAUGAGCUUUUAAAAUAUU